UUUCUCUCGCUGAUGCUUGUACGAAAUUAAAUGAUUUGCUUUUAUAAAUGAAUUAUUAUUUACAAUUGCUGAAAGCACAAGAACAUGACAACGAUUGAAGUAAAACGUGAUCUGCUCUUCGAUGCCGUGGGCGAAAGCUUGACCGAUGUCGAAGUUCAGCAGAUGUGCUCCAUGCUCGGCCUGGACCUGUAUGACGUGACGUCUGAGAAGCAGAUGUUAAUGAAGGAGCAGGACGAUGUUGCGGCAACGGCUGAUGCCAGCGAGGAGAUCAUAUACAGGAUUAAAAUACCGGAUAAUUGCUAUAAUCUGGUGGACUUUGAAACUCUUGUUGAUGGUAUACUGGUGCUCCUGGGCAAAAGACAGAAGUACAUACCGACAUUACGUUGGUUACUUCCAGAUACACACGGAUAACUCACAUUAAAGCACCGUCUAACAUUGCUGAAAGCACAAGAACAUGCCAACGAUUGGAGUAAAACGUGAUCUGCUCUUCAAUGC